AUGUCGAGUUCAGGGACUGUCCAGCUCCCCAACUUGAUCAUACCAACUCUCCUGGCGGCCGGCACACUCGUGGCCAGCAUUGCAACUUUCAGAGCAUGGGCAUCUAGAAGGCCAGCACCGCUCCAGAGCCAAAUUCCUCGGGGCACACUAUAUGACCUGGAGAAGAGAGAAAAUGGGCAAGUUGGAAAGCUUUCAGACCUUCCAGAUGGCCGGUGGACAUCACCCGACGUCCUUGAAGAGGAGAAACGGGCCAUAUUUUCAACUAUGCCUCUAGCGGUUGCACACGCCAGCAUGUUCCAAACAGCAGGCUCUUACCGUGUCAUCGAGCACGCAGCGGGCUUCCCUCUGAUCCUCGUUCUGGGGAAGGAUCACGUCCUGCGCUGCUUUCACAAUGUCUGCAGGCAUCGUGCCUAUCCCGUCAUCUCGUCAAACAAAGCCGGUUGCAGACCGAACCUGGGAUGCAAGUAUCACGGCUGGACAUAUAACCUCAGCGGUAAACUCAUCCAAGCGCCGAAGUUUGAGAACGCCGAGGGGUUUCGGAAAGACCAAAAUUCGUUGUUUGAGGUGAAGACCGAAAUCGAUGAUAAUGGCAUUGUGACUGUGGAUUUAUCAUCCGAAUCCAAAGGAAAUCCUGUUCUCGACAUCAGUAAAUCCAGCAAAGGUUGGAUGGAGAGCUGGGAAGUCAAUGGAGCAUUUAACUGGAAAGUGGCAGAAUGUGCGGAUGCCUUCAAAUUUCCAACCCUUGCUCGCAACGAUGGCGAUGUUCAGGCGAGAUUGGGAUUGGCAGGAAAGUCAAAGCACGUUAAACCCUCGAUCUUGGCCGAGUUUGUUGCUCUCCCUGGUCACAAUGCUCAGCUCCUGAUGACGAUUCAUCCAAAGACGGCGGAGACAUGCACUGUGCAUUGCACACUUUUCAUUGCAUCUCCUAGCUCAGCCUCAUCACUUACCCUCGGCUCAGCCAAAUCCGACAUUGCUCAAUGCGUGUCAUCACUGGAGAAGUUGUAUGCCAAAGUCAAAGAAUCCGAUGCAAUGUGA